CUCCUCCCACAACCGAGAACCAAAGCAAUUUGGAAAUCAAACCACUAAUGCAAUUAAUAGGGAGACAAUUAAUUACGCAUGUAAUUAAUUUAGUCUGUUUAAGUAAUGAUUUAUUUUCACAUUAAAUCAAUUUGAAAAUCAAACCAUUAAUGUAAUUAAUAGGCAGGCAAUUAAUUACGUGUGCUAUUAAUUAAGCUUUUUUAUAUAAGGAUUUUUUUCACGCCAAAUCGAGCACCGAAUCCAUUUGAAAAUCAAGUCAUUAAUGCAAUUAAUAGGAAGACAAUUAAUUAUGUGUGCAAUUAAUUUAGUCUGUUUAACUAAAGUUUUUUUUGCUUUAAAUCAAUUUGAAAAUCAAACCAUUAAUGUAAUUAAUAGGCUGGCAAUUAAUUUGCGUGCUAUUAAUUAAGUUUGUUUAUAUAAGAAUUUUUUCAUGCCAAAUCAAGCACCGAAUCCAAUUGAAAAUCAAGCCAUUAAUGCAAUUAAUAGGGAGACAAUUAAUUACCCAUGCAAUUAGUUUAGUCCGUUUAAGUAAAGAUUUUUUUUUGCUUUAAAUCAAUUUGAAAAUCAAACCAUUAAUGUAAUUAACAGGCAGGCAAUUAAUUACGCGUGCUAUUAAUUAUGUUUGUUAUACAAGGUUUUUUUUGCGCCAAAUCGAGCACCGAAUCCAUUUGAAAAUCAAGCCAUUAAUGCAAUUAAUAGGGAGAUAAUUAAUUACGCGUAACUAAUGUAGUCUAAGGCUUUCCAACAAAUUAAUAUGGCUCGUUUCUAUAUAAGUUGUGUUCUCUAAAGAACAUACAUGUAUGUGAGGAAUCACAUAGUUACAGUUUCGUUCAUAGGAACAUAGUUACCCACACAAAUGGGAGGUGAUUAUGUUGUCAUACCGAUCUUACUAUGCUUUUUGUUUAGAACUUGCCAACUCACCUUGGCUGAUUCGAUAGACUUAGAUGGCAAUCUCGUGAUGGAUGAGAAAAACACCACUCUUUUAAGACAUAAAUCUUUCCAUUUUCCUUGGAGAGCUAAUAUCAAGGAUGAAGGAAGCGGCAUUAUUUCUCAUUAUGCAACAUGGCACACAAAGCCAGGAAUAUUCUAUGGCCUUCGAGCUGAGAUGAGUAUAUGGGCUUCACCAAAUCAAGAAAACUCUCAAGAAUCUGGAGCAUCCUUACAGAUCUAUUGUCAAGAUGGAGGAAACUACAACUUAAUUCAAGCUGGAUUUCACAUUUCCCCCUCUUUAUACCAUAACAAAGAUAUUCGCUUCUUUACGUAUUGGACUAAGGACUUGAAAUCAAGGGGGUGCUACAACUUGAAGUGCCCAGGAUUUGUUUCUGCACGUGGAGCUAAUCUGGUACCUGGACAAGCCAUUUCUCCUCCAUCAAUUUAUGGCAAACAAGACUACUACAUUAGACUUAGCCUCAACCAGGAUCCAAAUUCUGAAGAUUGGGUGGUGUACCGUCAUGAUUUAGAAAAACCAUCAUUAUUGGGACAUUUUCCAAAGAAGCUUUGCCCUGGAAUACCACGUAUACAAGCCUUGACUGGUUUCGUGAAUUACUUCAAGAAUGCACAUGGUCCUCCAAUGGGUAGCGGCCACUUCCCCAAUUAUGAGGAUCACGACGAUAAGAAAUCUGCGUACUUCAGGCGCAUUCAGUAUUACACUCCAAAUGAUCGUUCUUAUAACCUGUUUGGCGUUCCCAUGGUCAAGUUACUUGAUAGGCUAGAUUGUUGUAGAGCAAAUGGUUUAGUUUUUGAUUAUAAAAGGGGUUUUAUGUUCAACUAUGGUGGACCAAGUGGUUGUGUUGGUUGACAAAAAGAAUUGUAUUCCCAUUUGGAUUCAAAUAAAUAAA